AUGUCAACAAUAAUGAUGAGCAGUAGUGGUAGUGAUCACCUACACAUCAACAGCUCACUAGUAGUAUCACCAACAGCCACCACGAGUAGCAGCAAUAAGCGUCGAUGUAGUGAUACAGCAUUACCAGGCGAGCAUGAUCAACGACGUAGGCAACGGCUACCAACCACAGAGCUAAUCGUCACAGCACCAUCACCCUCGCCUGGAGAAAAUAGCAGCGAUGGAGAAGUACAAAAGAAGGAGCGAAGAAAUGUAUACUCUUGGUCAUCGACAUCAUCAGGAUUCUCUAUGUCCACGCUAAGUACAGUGGCAACACCCAUAACAACCAUUAGCCAUGCUGGCAUGUUUCCCAUGACAACCGAUCAACCUUUACCUGUGGACUUGGAUUAUGAUGACGAAGACGACCAUCACAACCACCAUCAUGAUAACGACAACAACAAUAAUAAGGAUGAGGAAGAAGAAGAUGAGCAACAAAUCCACCAACGACAAUGGCGACGACGAGUAAGCCGAGCUCUUUGCCGAUCGGCUUCAAAAGGAAACGUUGUCAAUGUCCAACAAAUUCUUACCGAUAUUCGAUUGCGCCCCUUUCUUGAUGUCGAUGCCCCCGAUGAUGAACAGGAUGGCAUCACCCCGUUAAUUUAUGCUGCCUGUUUUGGUAAAGCGGAAGUUGUUCAAGUAUUGUUGGAUGCAGGUGCUGAUAGUAACGUGCAAGAUAAACGGGGAUGGACUGCAUUGAUGUGGGCGGCAAGCAAUAAUCACAGCAACGUUGUACAAAUGCUUUUGGCACAUGGAGCAUCGUCAUCAACACAAUCCGCAUGCGGACGUACCGUGGUCGAUUACAUUGAUACCCAAAAUGAGCAGAUGAAAACCAUCUUUUCACCUAACCACACAACACAUCAUGAAUCAGCAUGCAGCAGCGUACUCAAAAUACCAUCUUCACCAAAGGCUCAAUCAACAACAAGCGAACAACAGCAAAAAGAGCACCCUCCUAAUAAAGCAUCAUCGGAUCCAGAGGAUACGUUAGCAUCAUCCGACGAUGGCGAUAAUGAUGACGACCUUGAACAAUGUGAAGCAAGCCUACAAUCCAUCCAUCAAUUUCAAUGGGAUAAAUGCUUGCCUGAUCAAAUGUUUGUAUUCAGCGAAGAAGAUACAGAGCAUAUACUUGAAACGGCCAUUACACGACUUCGAUUACCCAUGGAAACACAACAUGAGAUAUGGGUCCCCGCCAACAUUAUCUUUCUCAGUGCACGAUUUGCCCACUAUUACUCUAGCAGGGAUCUGCUACACCGCUUGCUGCAUACAGCUGUUGAAAAGAUAGAACAUGUGCUCAAGCAAAAUCGACGUGAUAUUCAUACGCUUGCAUUUUGGAUGACCAAUUUAUCACAGCUUCUUUAUUACCUUAAAAAGGAUACGGGUCUUGUCGUUGCCACGGCUGAGUACCAGUUGACGAUAUCCGAAUUGAUUUGUGAGACCUAUAAUUUGCUUGUGUUGGAUUCGGAGCAACGCAUCGAUCAAAUCCUUGAACCUGCCAUGCUGGAUCACGAGCCAUUAGAAUGCCUUACCGAAAACGUCCAUUUUUCAGAUGACUGGCAACGAUUUUUCAGACGUGGCCGAUCCAUCCAUCGUCGUUCCGUUAUUGAAGCAGCUGCAUCACCACCACCUCAAACACCUUCAUGUACAAUGUCGCCCCAAACCAUCAUUUCUUUGCUAUCCAGCAUCCUCUACGUGCUGCAAUCCUACGAAGUCCAUCCAGCUAUUAUCAUCCAGGCUACUGCACAAUUCCUUCAUUUCCUCUCAUGUGAGCUUUUCAAUCGUAUUCUCGGCAACAAGAAAUACUUGUGUCGAUCCAAGGCAUUACAAAUCCGCAUGAAUUUAACGGCCUUGGAAGAAUGGAUGCGUGAUGAUGAAAAACGACAGCUGCCCUUGAGCCACUUGACAUCCUCCUUUGAACCCUUGGUACAGCUAUUGCAAUUGCUGCAAUGCAUUUCACAGCUAAACGAGCUCACCGUAUUCACCAACACCAUCCAAACGUUUGAAUUGCUUAAUCCAUUACAAAUCAAACGCUGUGUUGUGCAUUAUCGUUACGAGGUAUCUGAAACGCGAUUAUCGGAUCAAGUGGAAAAGUAUGCAAUCCAGAUGGCCAAUGAUAGCAUUCGACGACGACCUUCUACUACAUGUGAACCAAAGAAAAAUAACAGCACAACCACCACAACAACAACAACCUUGUCAAUAACAACCACGGCAGAGUCUGCUGAUAUCAAAUCGCGUCAUAGCCAAGAUGACUAUCCAAUGUCACCCCUCUCACCAUCCAUGCCAGGAGAAAGUAUUGACGACUGCUCACAAGAAUGGAUCAAAGAAAAACGGGAUUCACGUUACAUGCUACCCUUUUACCUUCCGAACAAUCGAGGAUGGAGUAAAAAGAAUCCAGCAUUAUCAUCAUGUUGUUGGGAUGAUCAAGCAUCUCCCGCCCAAGAAAACCAGAGCUUGGCUGAUGCCAUAUGCCAAAAGUUGCGAGAAGAAAGGAAAAAGAAUGGCAAUGAGAGGGACACAAUUCCAACGAUACCUGAAGAAUGGAUGGAUAGACUCGAUUGUAGAUUGAUAUCAUGA